AUGGCUGUUACAACAUUCCAUGUUGUAAACGGGGACGGUGGUUCAUUACUAAGUUAUUCCACAGUCACAGAGCUUGAUAUUGUGAAAAUGAAUGUGCAUGCUGUUGUUGCCCAGUCUAGUUCUACAUCCUACACCGAUCCUCAAGAAGAUCAUAAACAGUUUGGCAAUGAGAACCCAGAUAUUCCUAAAAACCAUCAACCAGACUCACCAAUCAUGUCAAAGUUUAAAAAGGAAUACCCAGCAGUCUUUAAUGGCAUUGGGAAACUAAAGGGUCAUGAAUUCCCCCAAACCUUAAAGAUAAUGCUAAACCUAUUGUGCAAAAACCCCGAAAGAUACCUUUUCAUCUCCGUAAACAGACAGAAAAUAAACUGAAAGAACUAGAGGAAAGUGAUAUUAUUGAAUUUGUUCCAUCAGGGACACCUACACCUUUUGUAUCAAAUCUUGUUGUUGCACGAAAGCCUAAUAAUUCAGCUGAAGUCAGAGUAUGUAUAGACAUGCGACAUACAUAUUGAGGAACUCUUUGAGGACAUGGCUGGUGCUACAAUGUUUUCAAAAGUGGAUUUGACAGCUGGGUUUCAUUAGUUACUUCUUGACGAGGAGUCUCGAUCUCUUACCACAUUUCACACCCACAAAGGUCUCAUGCGAUAUAAACGUUUAUGUUUCGGAGUAAAUCCAGCACCAGAGCAAUUCGAAUAUGUUAUUCAACAAACACUCCAAGGACUGGAGGGAGUAAGGAGCAUUGCCGAUGAUAUUAUUGUGAGGGAAAGUCCCAGAAACAACAUGAUACACACCUUGAAGCUCUCGUGAAACGACUCUCAGAAAACAAUCUUACCCUUAAUGUUUCUAAGUGUAAGUUUAAUGUAGACAGCAUUUGGUUCCAUGGUUACACAUGAUCAAAGGGUGGCAUUCCUGCAGCCAAAACCAAAAUUGCAGCACUAGUUAACAUGAAAGAGCCAUGUUUCCCAGUUGUGCAGCUUCUUGGGAUUGGCAACAUAUUGUGAACGGUUUAUUAAUAACCUGGCAACAAUCACAGCACCAUUACGCGAGUUAACCAACAAAUGCGUUGUUUGGAAACGGACAGGUAGGCACCAACAGGCAUUCAAUUGACAAAGUCAAAGAAGAAAUUGCGAAAGAUUGUACCACUGUUUUUAUGACCCAUCUAAACGAACUCGAGUAACGGUUGACACAAGCCCAGUCGGAUUAGGGGCCAUUUUAUCACAGUUUGAUAGGAACGACAACGAGCGAAUUGUUGCGUAUGCAAGCCGUAGUCUCAGCAAGGUUGAACAGCGAUAUUCACAAACUGAAAAAGAGGCGCUUCGAGUUGAAUUUGGUUGCGAGAAAUUUCACAUGUAUCUUAUUGGAAUUGAAUUUGCGUUGGAGACGGAUCAUAAACCGCUAGAAGUUAUAUACCAUCCCAAAGCGAAGCCAUCUGAGCGGAUCGAACGAUGGGCUCUCCGGUUACAACAGUACCAAUUCAAACUACGACAUCGACCCAGUAAAACCAAUUCAGCUGAUGUACUAUCCCGUAAACGCUUGUCAACACUCGAAUAG